AUGGAAACCCUCGAAGCAUCACAAUACAGCAUCGACCUAGAAGAACUGGUAGCCGACGACGAACGGGACGACUUACACUCCGACAUAGUCGGUGAAUUCAAACGAGUUCUGAAUACUCGAGACCGCACCCUAGAUCAAGCUGUUGAUGAAGCUGAAGACCAAAAGGAACCAGAGUCUAGUAGAAGUCGGUCUGGAGCUGGAUCAGACCAAACUCCGAAGGAGCAACAGCUUUACGACAAGGCGCAGGAGCUCGCUAAUAAAUUAGACGAGCUAUGGUUCCGGACUGCGGUCUGGAAAGUCUUCCGAGAAGCUCCUCGACGGAUCCCAGUUGGGGAUGAACGCAUUGAUCUUCUUGUAUGCACGAUAGAUGCCCUCGGGGAAAUGCACAAAAUUCCAGAGGCUACUGAGGGAAUAUAUGUCUGUUUCCCCCAGCGACGCUCGCCUGCGUCGAACGCCUGA